GUCAGCAAAGCUAACGCAAUGCACGGGCAUAGCUCUAAGAGAAUUUUUUUUUAAUUUAUUUCCCAAACAGGGACUGGUAACCGUUAAAAUUCAAUUUUAAAUGACUACAUUUAAAUAGAAACACCCUAUAGUAACUAAGAAUGUACACGUAUUAAACAUCGCCCACGCUCUACAUUGUUAGAAUAAAAUAGUUACAAUCAAUAGCGAUGGAAAAGCAAACCGAUGACCGAUCAGUCAAGUCCAAAAAUAAAAAACAGACAAGGAAAAAGAACAAAGCUGAAAGUACUGAAAACCAGCAAAAAGAAUUUGAAUGUGUUACUAAAAACCAUGAAACCAAUGAACAAAAAGUAAUCAACGAACAAAAAUUAAUUAAUGAACAAAAAUUAAUCAAUGAACAAAAAUUAAUCAACGAACAAAAAUUAAUCAACGAACAAAAAUUAAUCAACGAUCAAAAACCUGAUAUAUUUAAUAAUUUUAAAAUAAGUAUUGAAAUAAAUUUAUUGGCAGUAAUACUUUUUAUGUCAGCUCUGUCAUCAAGAUUUUUUAAACUUGAUCAACCCCGUAAUGUUGUAUUUGACGAGCUUCACCACGGAAAAUAUGUUAGUUUAUAUAUGAAGAGAACAUUUUUCUUUGACACUCAUCCACCACUUGGGAAGCAAUUAAUAGCAGCUGUUGCAUAUUUAUUUAAUUAUAAUGGUCAAUUUAAAUUUGAGAGAAUUGGAAGUGAGUUUAGUGAUGAUGUCCCAUUAUUUGGUUUACGUUUUGUACCAGCAUUAUGUGGUAGUUUGAUUAUUCCUGUUGCAUAUCAAUUAAUGUUGGAACUAGGUUGUCGACAUUGGUGCGCUGCUCUUGCUGCAUUUCUUCUCCUUUGUGAAAACACAUUAUUAACACAAUCUCGAUUCAUCUUGAUGGAGUCUAUACUAAUAUUUUUCACAUUAUGUGGAUUGUUAUUUGUGUUGAAGUAUAAAAGACUGAAUAUGAAAUCACCUUGGGCUUUGACUUACUUAAUAAUUGCUUCUGUUUGUCUAACUAUGGCUACAUGUGUCAAGUAUGUUGGACUUCUCUCAUGGCUUUUGAGCUUAUGGAUAAUCUGUAGAGAUUUCUGGGUUAACCAUUUAGGUGAUAAACGUCUAUCAGAUUUUACUAUUUUCUUGUGUGUGAUAUUAAGAUGUAUUAUUACAUUUUCAAUAUCCAUUGCCAUUUAUUUUUCUAUAUUUUUCAUUCAUCUUAUAAUUUUGAAUAAAGCAGGACCACACGAUAGUGUUAUGACAAGUGCUUUUCAAGCUAGUCUAGAAGGUGGACUAGCGUCUAUUACCAAAGGGCAACCUUUGCAUGUUUCACAUGGAUCACAAAUUACAUUACGUCAUACACAUGGAAGGACAUGUUGGCUUCACUCACAUACUCAUGUUUAUCCUAUCAAAUAUGCUGAUAAACGAGGAAGUUCUCAUCAGCAACAAGUUACAUGCUAUACAUUUAAGGACGUAAAUAAUUGGUGGAUAGUUAAAAGACCAGAAAGAAAUACAUUAGCAGUAGAAAAUACAAAGGACCCUGAUGGUAUAAAACAUGGUGAUAUUAUUCAGCUGGUACAUGGAAUGACUAGUCGUGCUUUAAAUUCUCAUGACGUUGCAGCACCUGUAUCACCACAGAAUCAAGAAGUAUCAUGUUACAUUGAUUAUAAUGUUUCUAUGCCUGCUCAAAAUCUGUGGAAAGUAGAAAUAAUCAAUCGUGAUCAAUUUGGAGAUGUUUGGCAAGCUAUUAAUUCACAGGUAAUAUUAACUCAUUUAAAUUCAACGCAAGCAUUGAAGUUUAGUGGUAGACAGUUGCCAGAUUGGGGAUUUAAUCAGCAUGAAGUGGUUACAGAUAAGAUAAUAUUUCAAGAUGAUACAGUAUGGAAUGUUGAAGAACAUCGCUAUACCAAAAGUGAAAAUGAAAAAGAAAGAGAACGUGAACUUGUCGCUGCUGAAAUGAUACCAUCAAAAGGAACAAAAUUGGGGCUUUGGGAAAGAUUUUGGGAAUUACAAUACAAAAUUAUAUUUUCUUCACCAAACACACAAAAUGUUCAUUCACAUAUGUACAGUAGUGAACCUCUCGAUUGGCCAUUAAUGGUUCGAGGAGUUGCCUAUUGGUUAAGUGAACAUGAUAAUGGACAAAUUCACCUGUUGGGAAACAUUGUCGUAUGGUAUUCAUCUACAAUAUGUCUAUUAUUAUAUUUAUCAUUCUUUGCUUUUUAUUUACUGCGCCAAAGAAGACAAAUUUUUGAUUUAUCUUUCGAUGAAUGGGAACAAUUCAAAACAAUUGGAGAAGUUUUAGUUGUUGGAUAUGGCUUACAUUAUAUUCCAUAUUUUUUUAUUGAUCGUACAUUAUUUUUACAUCAUUAUUUGCCUGCUCUUGUAUUUAAGAUAUUACUAUGCGCUGCGUUUUUACAACACCUAGCCAAUAUUGUUAAAACAAAAUUGAUCCCAAGAUUUAUUUUUCAUUUAAGUCUUUGCAUAUGGAUUUUAAGUGUUAUGUAUGUAUUCAAAAAAUUCAUUGUCUUCAGUUAUGGAACUUCUCCUUUAACAUCUAAAGAAGUUUUUAAACUACGUUGGAAAGAUACUUGGGACUUCAUUAUUCAUAAACCAUAAGUGUAAUAAUUUGGUGAUAAUACUAAUAAGUUACUUAACUGGUUGAUUUACUAUGACAACAAUUGUUAAUUAACAUUUGGUUGAAAUUUUAGUCUUUUAUUAUUUUAAAAUAUGCAUUAUAAUUCAUCCACUAUUAAGUUCAUUAGUUUUUUAAAUUUUUUUUAUUAAAUAAUAUGUUUUAAAAAAAAAACUAGAUUAAAUAAAAAGUAUAUUAUUUAAAGAGGACACCACACCUGCAUGUGUUAUACAUGUAUACUCAAGAUAUGAGUAUGUAAAUUAUUACAAGUCAAAUAUUCUUAUACCUAGCUUAUAAAUUUAAAUAUCAAAAAACAAUCCAAUGCUGCAUUAUUGAUAAUGUUCUAAUCUUUAACUUUUAUAAUAAGUAAAUUCACUCCAUUAUUAAAGCUAGCAACACAUAACGGGUUCUACUGAAUGCAAAUUUGCUUUGUUAAAUGUAUGUCAAAUGGAGACAACACAUAUAGGUGUGAUGUCCUUUUAAUAUUAACUAUUAAAAAGUCAACACAGACAUAUAACUGCAAAUUCACAUUUUUGUUCAUUUACAAAUGAAAAGUGAAAAUAUUAUGCUCUCUUACAUCAUAAUUUAACUAAAAUUUAAUUAUAUACGUUUAAUAAAUUUU